AGUUUUAGGUUUCUGUGGGUUUUUUUUUUGGUUGGAUUUAAUUUUUGAGUCCGGAUCGCUUAGAUCGGGUCAGAUCUUGGCUUCUGCUGGGCGUUCAUUUGAUUUUGUUGGAUAAUUAAUUUUUUUGAAGGUUGAUUUCUGUGAAUAUUUUGUUUUUUUGGAGGAUCAAGAAGGAUACUCUUAGAUUUUGCGAGAAAUUACAAGAUUUCUUAAAUUCCUAAUUUUCGUUGUUUGACUCAGUUUUUUGAGCCAAGAAAGCAAUUUAGUUUGUUAAUUUGGGUUGAGUUUUCUAUUUUCUUUUUAAUUUUCCUGAUCUCGCCGUUUUUACGUGAAAUUACAAGAAUUCCUGAAAUAUUAUUUAUAGAUAUUUUGGCUUAGUUUUAAAGAAAAUAUUUAGUUUGUUAAUUUGGAGAAAAUAUGUUUUAAGGUUGAUUUUCUAUUUUAUUUUUCCAUUUUAAUUUUUUUUGAUCUCGAGACUGAAAGUAUUUGCGAGAAUUUACCGGUUUUUCUGAAUGUUGAUUUCUUUGGUUUUGUUGAUUUUUUUUACUCUGAUUUCUCGGCAGGAUUCAUCGUAAGAUUUAAAUUUUCGGAAUAAAUUUUGCUUGUUUCAUUUUGCGGUUUGAGGUCAACGGGGUUUCAUUUUGUUGAUUUACAGAUUUUCGUAGUUAUUUUUUUUAAAAAAAUUUGUUCAUUUUUUCAGGUCAACGCUGUUUGGUGUCUCAAGAUUUAUGUGAUUAAUAAUAUUUACUCCGAUCCGAGUGCUGUUAUUUGAUGCAAUAGGAGGCAGGGCUUCUUAAUGCUGUAGAGUAAAUAAGGAAGUGGCUCUCUCUUCUGUGAAUUAACCUUGUAAAAAAAAAAUGAAGAGGAACAUGUGCAACAUGAGCAUGUACAGGAUCGACACUAACUGCAGUUCUAGGAUUUGCAUGUCAACUUUUAGGGGGCAGUUUCUUUCAGAUUGGUAGUGACUAGAUUUCAUAUUCGUUUUUACGCUAGAAGUUUUGGUUUUAAAGUUGUUGGUAGGGAUUGAUCUAGGUAGAAAUGGAAGCACAGAACGCCAUGGUAUUGGAUAGUAAACCUGGGGUUCUUCAUGGCAUGAAGAGAAAACGGGCAGUGCAGCAAGCAACAUAUUUUCCUGGAGCUUCGCAUGUGAUAUUACCACAAUUGCCCAGUUUGAAUUUAUCACCCGAGAAACAUGGCAAGCGGAGGAGAUUAGAGGAUUGCAAUGGAAAAGUUGUGAGUUGUGGUUAUCCUUCCAAAAGAUCUUUGCUGCUUUGCUAUUCAAAUUUUAGGAAAACAGGCAUUCCAAAGCGCAUAAUGUUCUUUGAAAAUGGUGAAUGGAACGAUUUUCCCAAGGAUCACAUUUCCUCAAUUAGGAAAGAUCUUGACGCAAAGACACCAGCUAUUCAGCUUGAGAAGGAUGGUCAAUCUUUUUUGCUUGAUUUUUUGCAUAUGUUUCGACUGGACUGUAAAACUGGCUUGAAACAUCCGAUUGCUUGGAUUGAUGAAGCAGGUGGCUGUUUCUUCCCAGAAACAUUUGCUGGUGAGGAUGAGCCAUACCAGUGCUGUGAGCAUGAAUUUGAGAAUGAUAAAGAAUCCAUGUUUAGUGAAUCGUAUGCCCCCCCUGAGAUCAAGCUACAGCUUGAGAUUGACAUUAAUGGUGUUGAGCAAUCAAAGUUGAAGGAAUGUAGUGGGGAGUCAAGUUCUUUUGAUAGACAUUUUCAAAUUGCUCAGAAACCUGCAUCCAGCCAUUGUGCUGUAGAAGUUGAGGACAGUUGCGACAGGAAUGCUGAUGGCAAACCCGGCAAAGCUUUGGAGGAUAGGACAAACUUAGUACCUGAAAAGGAGUUUGCAGGUGUAGAGUUGGAGGAACAGUUGGUUAAGAAGAUGUUUCUUAUGGGUAUGCAGCAUUGUGGAGGUGUGGAUAUUCUUGCUGUGGAAACCUGCUUCAGUGCAUCAAAGCAAUACCGAUUUGAGUGUUUCCAGAAGCAGGUUCAAAUUUUGGAGAAGUAUCGGGGGAGUGCAAAUGUUCAAUAUGCUUGGCUUGCUUUGUCAAAAGAUGCACUGUCUACCAUCAGGAUGCAUGGGGUUGGGCUUUCUGAGCUGUCUGCAAUUCCACAUUUAUAUGGCGCUGGUGUUCAUCUUGCUGCAGCCAAAUUAGCUAAUGCCAGCGCAAAGUAUUGUGAUGUUGACGAAAAUGGAAUACAAUACAUGGUAUUAUGUCGUGUAAUAAUGGGAAAGAUGGAGCUUCUUUGCCGUGAAAGUACACAAUGUCUUCCUAGCAGUGAGGAUGUUGAUAGUGGAGUGGAUGAUCUUCAGCAUCCAAAGUACUAUAUAAUCUGGAACAUGAAUAUCAACACUCACAUACAUCCAGAAUUUGUUGUUAGUUUCAAGCUCUCCUCCAUUGCUAAAGGGCAUUUGAUUGGAAGUGAGACUAAUCGUGCUGUUUCAGGCAUCACUGCAUCUUUGCAAGGACUUCAGGGUCGUUUUCCAGUAGUGUCAUCUGCUGGUGAAUUGGGGAGUAUUACUCACCAAACUUCAGAUUCAGGGGGAUCCCAAGAAAAUGAUACUAGCCUGGGUUCAAACACUUCAAAGACCCCUAAAUCCCCCUGGAUGCCUUUCCCGAUGUUGUUUGCUGCUAUUUCAACUAAAAUUCGUCGUGUAGAUAUGGACCAAGUUACUAAUCAUUAUGAACUAUUCAGGGCAAAGAAGAUAAGUCGUGAUGACUUUGUGAAGAAGUUGAGGUUGAUAGUUGGAGAUAAUUUGCUGAGGUCAACAAUAACAUCUCUGCAAUGCAAGAUACCAUCUAGGCAGGACUUGCAGGUGGCGAAGCAGAACAUGAAGGGUCCUGGCAGCCUCUGAAUUAUCAUUUUAUAUGUUGGUAGCCUGCUGCGUUUGUAUCCUUGCGGAGGCCUUCAGUUUGGUGAUGUGCGGGGACUGUCGGUUAAAAUGUGUCGACAUGAAGGUACUGUAGGGCUUAGGUUUUUGUUAUCAUCGUGUAAUUGUUAGGUAAUUUUCUCAAGUAGCGAGAAGGAUUUCACUCUGAACUUGUUUUUAUGGUACUUUGUUUUUACGGUACUUUGUUUUUACGGUACUUGUUCCUAAUGUGGACCGUUGUAAUCAA